AUGCCCAAUUUUCGUUAUAUUGAUACCACCGCUGCGUCAUUCGUCCUAGCCGAUGGUGUCAUUCCUCUUGAAAGCAACGGUUCUGUAGAGCUUUCUAUGCAAUUUGGUAAUGAACUCAUCCAUUUUCGUGCUUUCGUUAUCAACAAACUUUGCGUCGAUCUUAUUAUUGGCAUGAACUUUCUCAUCAUAUUUAAUGCCAACAUUGAUGUGAAGUCUCAACAUUUGUCAUUAGAAAUUUCCGGUCGUCGUACAUCUACUCGUCUUGAUGAUCACUUUCGUCGUCCCUUAAUUCCGCUUCACGCACGCCAGUCUACUUUUGUUCCUCCUCAUUCAACGGUUGCUAUUUUGGUUUCUACUCCAAUAUCGUCAUUAUCUGCCUAUUUUAUUCCUACCUCAAACUUUAUUGAACAUCCUUAUCUCUCGUCGACUCAAAAACUUGUUACCAUUCAUCAUCAUCAUUCGCGUUUACUUGUUACCAAUUCAUCUAAUGUUCAACAAAAUAUACCAGAAUUUUUCUGUUUUGGUUAUCUACUUAGCAAUCAAGCUAAAGAACCGAAUUUUUUCAAUCAAAUCGCACUUUUAUGUCGUCGUUACAACGAGAAGAAAAAUCAACCAACUUCAUCUCCUACUUUCACGCAUCCUCAACUACCACAACGGAUUUUUAAUGAUUCAACGCGUCUUUAUCGUCCGAUAUCUUCGAUAAACCAGGUGACACCUAACACUCUUCCUUCUUAUUAUUCUUCUCAAUUUUUAGAAACUCGACAUUUAUUAACAAAUCAUCUACUUGAUCAACAAGAAAAAUCCCGAUUGUCGACACUUCUUGCUCAAUUUUCGCAGCUUUUUGACAACUCUCGCCACAAUAUUUCCAAUAUAGUUGUCGAAAAUGUUUUCAAUACUGUUCCACAUACUCCACCGUCUUUCCGACCUCAUCGCAAUCCGCAUCAUCGUGAAGAAACACAACGUCUUAUUGAAGAGUUUCUUGAAGCCGGUAUUAUUCAAGAGUCAAACUCACCUUAUGCAGCACCAGCGUUUAUCGUCCCUCGAAAAGACAAUCGCCCGGGUCGACUAGUUGUGGAUUAUCGAGCAUUAAAUAAAAUUACUGUUCCCGAUGCUAGUCCUUUGCCUCACACCGAAGAUCUACUGCAGGAACUUGGCGAGGGGUACAAAUAUUUUAGUCGCCUGGAUCUCAAAUCCGGUUACCACCAGUUUCGUCUACCGCCAGCUGAUCGCCCAAAGACGGCAUUUGUCGUGUCUCAAGGUCAUUAUGAAUUUCGUGUACUUUCCAUGGGACCACAAAAUGCACCUGCUGCAUUUCAAAAGAUUAUGUCCAAGCUUAUGCAACCCUGUCGCGCGUUUUGUCAUGCCUUCCUCGAUGAUAUCAUCAUUUGUUCCAAAUCAUUCGCCGAACAUAUACAUCAUUUGAAGUCGGUCUUUGAAACUCUUGCAAAAGACAAACUUGUGCUCAACGCUUCGAAAUGCGAACUUGCUGUACAACGAGUUGUCGUACUUGGUCAUCAAGUCUCUGAAACGUCAAUUGAACCAACUCCUAACGCCAUUCAAGCUAUUUUAGAUUUACAAGAACCACGCACACUUAAAGAAACUAAUAAAUUUCUUGGUGGUAUUGCAUAUUAUAGAAAAUUUGUUCCUAAUUUUAGUCAUAUCGCUGCAUCAAUCCACAAAGUCUCUAAUUUGACUAAAGACCGACGGCAUCUUUUCAAAUGGACGGUGGAACAAUCGAAUGCAUUCCAUGCUCUCAAACGUUUACUUACAACUGCUCCACUUUUUCUUCAUUUUCCCGUCGAUGGUUUUCCACUACACUUAGCUACUGAUGCGAGUGGAAUUGCAACUGGUGGUGUUUUAUUUCAAAAUGUCAACGGCCAACGUCAUAACCUUUUUUAUCAUUCAAAAGUUCUCUCACCAGUCGAACAAAAAUAUUCAGUUCCCGAAAGAGAAGCCUUAGCCAUUUUUCAUUGCUUACAACGUAUGCGAACUCUAGUUUUAGGACGCACAGUUUAUAUACAUACUGAUCAUUGUCCCAUAUGUGGCAUGUUACAAAAACCAGUGAACAAUCGUCGCAUUGAACGUGUAGCCAACUUAAUUCAAGAAUAUCAUAUUGCCGAAAUGAAGCAUAUUGAUGGUAAGAGCAAUUGCCUUGCUGAUUAUCUUUCUAGACCUGCCGAUGAUCCACUUUUUGAUAUUGAUUAUGGUCUCGAAAGCAAACUUCCAUGUUCCAGUUCAUCACAUUUACACACUCCUCAUCAGCCGUCAGUGAAUAUUGUUGCUCCAAUGAUACUUCGUCCUCGACGGAAAUUACCAACACUAGGUGUAUCUGAUUUGGAUAAAGUCGAUGAUCGUUCCGAUGCUUCGUCUUGUUCUUCUGAAGAUUCGGUUACCACUUGUUCACCAAUUAUCACAACAACUCCUUCUCCAAAUCUUUUCGAUCCAAGUCAAUUGUCUCAUGAACAGGCUCAGGAUUCCAAUAUUCGUAGUAUCAUUUCUCAAUUAAAUCACAACGUACCUUGUGAUUCUACAUUGUCUUCGUCGUUUAUUAUGAAAAACGGUAUUCUUCACAAACUUAUUGCUCUUACUCCCAAAUCCAAACUUCGAUUAUCCGUACCUUAUCUCCCUUCGUCGAUGGUUCGAUCUCUCCUUACUGCAAUACAUGAUGAUCCCUUCCAAGGAGGGCAUUUUUCAGUUGAUAAAAUGCUGUCGAAAAUACGUCCUCGUUAUUGGUGGUCUCACAUGAAACAAGAUGUUCAGCGUCAUGUUCAAGCAUGUGUCCCUUGUCAACAAUAUAAUUAUUCUCGUCAAAAGAAACCUGGGCAUCUUCAACCUAUUCCUCCAGUCGCUACUCCGUUUUCUAUAAUUGGUAUGGAUUUUUGUGGCCCAUUCGUUGAAUCACCUCGUGAAAAUAAAUACGUUCUCGUUGUUACUGAUCUAUUUACACAUUUUGUUACUGCUAUUCCGCUGCCUACCAACACUGCGGAAAUUACUGCAUUAACUUUAUUUCGUCAUAUCUUCUGUCGAUUUGGUGUUUGUUUCACCUUAAUUACUGAUCAAGGAACUCAUUUUAAUAACAAUCUUAUGCGAGCACUCCAACAUCUCCUUGGUUAUAAUCACAUACUUAGUACUCCAUAUCACCCGCAAACGAACGGCGUUGUGGAACGUUUUAAUGCAUCGAUGGUGGUUCAAGUCUCAAAACUCCAACAAAAUCAUCACAACAACUGGGAUGACUACCUUGAUGCCGUUGUUUUUGCAUACAAUAGUUCAAAACAUCGCACAACCCAGUAUUCCCCCUUCGAACUUCUUUUUGGUCGCUCGCCGAAACUUCCCAUCGAUUCACCUCCACGGUAUUUUCACUUUGAUCGCCCUAAUACUUAUUUCGUACAUCUUCAAAAAAUCCUUCAAGUUUAUCAUCAGCACGCAAAGUUUAACAUCGUGAACCAACAAAGUUAUCAUAAACGAUAUUAUGAUCAAAAUCGUCCAGACCCUCAUUAUAAUGUAGGUGAUCGGGUUUUCACAAGAAUUUUCGCUGCUCGAGGAAAGUUGGAUCCACGAUACUCUGCCGAACCAAAAAUUAUCGUUCAAACUAAUCAUCCCACAUAUAUUGUGAAACAUGAACCAAGUGGUUUCGAAUAUCGAUAUCAUGUUUCUGACUUACGACCCGCAACCUUAGCCUACGUUGACAAUGAUUCCAUUUAA